UUUGUAACUUCCACUUCCGCAUCGCGGGUAAAUAACGAAAGUACAAACCAACACAGUGCACCGCACAAUGACUGACUUCAGUGUUAAAUUUGUGUCAAAAAAGAUUAGUAAAGUCCGUUGGCGGCCAAGGGCUAACGUUAAAUCUCCACCAUCAACAAUUUUUGCAUCGGGGAGUUGGGAUGAUCAGCAAAACAGUGUGUCUGUGUGGAAGGUUUGGGAUCGUCUAUCAACGGAGGACAAUGGCAUGAGUGAACCAUUGCUGGAACAUGAACCCCAAAAAAUCUUUGAAAUCCCACAUGUUGGAGAUGUGACAGACAUGCAGUACAUGUCCCAUGACCUUCUGGCAGUGUCCUCCUCUGCAGGGGGUGUGGCUGUCUACAAGCACCAGCCAAACACAGAGGGCCUGAGUAAGGUGUGUUCAUGGGAUAAGUUGCACCGUUUUGCACCAGGCAGCACGUCUCCCUGCACCUGCAUUUCACCGCGUGAUGACGAUUGGCUGGUCAGCGGAGGGGAGGACGGACAUCUAAAUGUCCUGGCUCUUGGACAGAGGGAACCAGUGCAGGUCAUAGAGAAAGCGGACAGCUGCACAAUAAACGCCGUGACGUUCCUGAAGCAGAUGGAAGUGCUCACCGUCAGCUCUUUUGGUCAGCUCAAAAUUUUUGAUUUGCGGCAAGAACCUGGGAAAGGUGCCAAAAUAUUCUCUGUCUCUGAGGGCCAGCACACCCCGCUGCUGUGUGUGGACAAACACCCCGGUCAGGCCCACGUGGUGGCCACUGGCGGGGAGGACGGGAUGCUCACCGUGUGGGACCUGAGGAAGGAGAAGUUCCCCAUGACACUGCUGGAGGCUCACACUGGCGCGAUGUGGGAAGUCAAGUUCCAUCCCCACAACCCUCAUCACUUGUUCACCUGUUCUGAUGAUGGCUCACUGUGGCACUGGGAUGGCUCAGCAUUCAGCAAUGAACCCAUGUCCACUUUCUUUCAAGGGAAAGGGAAAGAGAGCGAAAUGAAGGAUGUGGGAAUCAGCAGCCCUUGGUUGAGUCUGGAGACCUCGAGACAGAAACUGGACAUUGCCUCUCUCCUUCCUAACAAGUCUUUACCUGUGAAUUCAUUGGACAUUGAGACCAGCACGCUACUGUGUGGCACCGACAGUGAAACAAUUUACUCCAUUGACUUGCCCAUGCUUAGAUAGGAUCAGAUCACCAUCAUCAUCAUCAUCAUCAUUUUGUUUAGUGAAGUCAGCUUAUAAAUAAACUUUCGGGGACCAUUUCUCAACGUUAAUUUAUAAGCAAGAUCUGUGUAAGAGGAAAUACUAAAGGGGGCCUUGGAACAUAGACCAAUAUGGCUUUACUCCCAAUGCAAAUUUGUCGAGGAUGGUAUGAUAUGUAAUUAAGAGUACUGCUGAUGAGUUGCACUCUUUGUUGAAUCCAGCUCUAAUUCUAAAUGUAAAAUUCAGCAAAAGCGAAUUUCUGAGCUUGGGGGGGUUGCUUAGGAGCAAAGGUGCUAUUUUAGACAGGUGGCUGUCUUACACGGUGUCAUUGUCAUGUAAGAAAUACACAAGGGAGGAAAUGGGGAGGGACUGUUUGAACAGCUAAUUAUCUCAUCAUAGAGGUAUCCGUUAGAGCAAUACAGAACCCAAGACUCCGGUAACUUGAACAAAUAUUCCUGUCUAAUGAGAGUGAGUACUAUGUGAAUAUGAUGUACAUGAUUAGGCGAGCACCUUCGUCUGUUUAUUUCAUUUAAUAUCUUGCUUUAUAAGAUUGGCUACAUGGUUGGGUUCAGUGAAAAGAGAUAACACCAAAUCAUUUGGAAGAAAACUGUGGGAAUGGUAAAAUUGUCAGACACAUUAUAAAGAGCUGAGUUGCUUUCCCCAAGUGCAAUAGGACUAAGUACUCCAAAAACACAGGAAUCUGUCUGUCAUGAGAAUGAGGAAUUGUUUACACCGGGUUUCACAUUUUUUCAUUAAUGCUGAAUUGGAUCUAUGUAAAAUAUGGUCACUGCCUUCAUUAAAUGGUUCAAAUGUGUGUAAAAUUAUAUUGUAUACCAUUUAAAUUGUUUGUAAUAAAUGUUCUAUAAGUACCAA